AUGGCCGUGGCGCCCACACGGGCCCUCCUGAGGCGACUAGGCCCCGCGCCCGCCCCGGGAGCCCACGUGACCGCUCGCGCGCAUGCGCGCCUGGAGGGCGCGCGGUGGGACUCCCGGCCGCGCGUGCGCCGUGCGCGCGCUCCGUCCGCCUGGCGCUCGCGGCCCGUGGCGCGCGUGGCAGCCUGCGGGGGGGGUUGGAGCGUCCGCAGCGGCAAUGGCUCAGUGCGCCUGCGCGGCGCCGUCCCCGGCUCCGUCCACACCGCCUGGGCCCGGCGGGGCCUCAGCCAGGAUCCCUACUACCGGUUCAACGAUGUGGAUUACCGCUGGAUCUCCUUGGAUAACUGGACCUAUAGUAAAGUGUUCAAGACUCCUUUCGACAUUGGCAAAUGGCAGAAAGUCAAUUUGGUUUUCGAGGGCGUCGACACGGUGGCACAAGUCUUGAUGAACAACGUCACCGUCGGGGAAACAGACAACAUGUUCAACAGAUACACCUUUGACAUCACCAGCGUCAUCAGGAACGUCAACCUGAUAGAGCUGCGUUUCCAGUCGGCGAUUUCCUACGCUGCCCAAAAGAGCAGGGCUCAUGCUGGCUACCGUGUGCCCCCAGACUGCCCGCCCCCUGUGCAGAAAGGGGAAUGCCACGUUAACUUUGUCCGCAAGGAGCAGUGUUCAUUUAGCUGGGACUGGGGUCCUGCCUUUCCCACUCAAGGCAUCUGGAAGGAUGUUAGGAUCGAAGCGUACAAUAUUUGCAACCUGAAGUACAUGACUUUUACUCCCUUUUACGCGAGCCCGGCCAGGGAAUGGAGACUUCUGAUAGAGUCUAUUUUUGACGUCGUGAGCGCAGAGCCAGUUGGCGGUCAGGUGACAGUGGACAUUCCUCAGCUGCAAACCCAGCGGACGUAUGACAUUCGGCUCCGCCUGGGGGAAACCAGCGUUGAGCUGCUCUUGAAUGUCAACAAGAAUGUUUCAGUGGAGACUUGGUGGCCCAGUGGACACGGAAACCAAACGGGUUACAAAAUCUGGGUUGUUUUCAAGCUAGAAGGAGGCUACAGGAUCGAAAAGGCGGCUAAGGUUUACUUUCGGACGGUGGAACUUGUACAAGAACCCAUUCCUGGAUCUCCGGGUCUCAGCUUUUACUUCAGAAUUAACGGGAUUCCCAUAUUCGUCAAAGGGUCCAACUGGAUUCCGGCUGAUUCCUUUCAGGAUCGAGUGACCCCCGAAACGUUACAGCUCCUUUUGAAGUCCGUUGUGGAUGCCAACAUGAACACGCUGCGGGUUUGGGGCGGCGGCGUCUAUGAACAGGACAUAUUCUAUGACAUCUGUGAUGAACUAGGAAUAAUGAUAUGGCAAGAUUUUAUGUUUGCCUGCGCUCUGUACCCGACCGACCAGCGUUUCCUGGACUCAGUGAGAGCAGAAGUGACACACCAGAUCAGAAGGUUGAAAUCUCACCCGUCUAUCAUCAUCUGGAGUGGGAACAAUGAGAACGAAGCAGCAAUGGCACAGAAUUGGUUUUCUCUACCACCCGGCGAAAUGCAGACCUACGUCCGAGACUACGUGACGCUUUAUGUGAAGAAUAUUCGGGAGUUAGUCCUGGUGGGGGAUAAGAGCCGUCCUUACAUCACUUCCAGCCCCACCAAUGGAGCAGAAUCGGAAGAAGAAGGCUGGCUCUCCAAGAACCCCUAUGACACUCAUUUUGGGGAUACUCAUUAUUAUAACUACAACAGCGAUUGCUGGAAUUGGAAAGUGUUCCCCAAAACUCGAUUUGCCUCUGAAUAUGGCUACCAAUCCUGGCCAUCCUUCAGCACGUUAGAGAAGGUCUCAAUUGCCGAGGACUGGUCUUACGAAAGCAAUUUUUCACUCCAUCGACAACACCACGAGAAGGGUAAUGACCAGAUGCUCCGUCAGGCUGCCCUUCACUUCAAGCUUCCUCAAAACCCAGAUCCACUGCAGAGGUUUCAAGACAGCAUCUACAUCACUCAGGUGAUGCAGGCCCAGUGCGUGAAGAUGGAAACGGAGUUCUACCGCCGCAGCCAGAGCGAGCUGGUGGAUGGGGAGGGGCACACCAUGGGCGCGCUGUACUGGCAGCUGAAUGACAUCUGGCAGGCUCCUUCCUGGGCUUCCAUAGAAUACGGAGGUAAAUGGAAAAUGCUCCAUUAUUUUGCCCAGCGUUUCUUCGCCCCGCUGCUGCCCGUCGGCUACGAAGACGACGGCGUGUUGUACGUCUCGGGCGUGUCUGACCUCCACACGGACCUCAAGCUGGCGCUUACUGUGAGCGUGCAUCGGUGGAGCGGGCUGGAGCCCGUCUGCACGCACACGACGCAGCCGCGCGCGGUCAAGGCCCGGGGAGCCACCGCGCUGUACCGGGAGCCCGUGGGCCGGCUGCUGCACAGGUGCGCCAACUGCUCGCGGCACAGCUGCGUCGUCUCCUUCUCCCUGGCUGCGCCCGGCCGGCCGCCCGCUCCCGCCAACCACCACUUCUUGUCCUCCCUGAAAGACGCCGUGGGGCUGGAGAAGCCCCGGCUCCGGGCCACGAUAGUCCAGCAAGGUGACGCCUUCGCCUUUGAGCUGCAGACCAGCGCCGUGGCCCCGUUCGUUUGGCUGGACGUGGGCAACGUCCCGGGGAGAUUUAGCGACAACGGCUUUCUCCUGAUCCAGAGGAGGAAAACGGUGCUCUUUUACCCUCAGAGGGCCACCGGCGUCGCCGAACUGGAAAAAUCUCUGCGUCUGACUUCCCUGGCAGACACGUACUAGUUCCUCCGAGGAUGGACGCUAAGAGGGAGGGAAGAGAUCUCCAGAGGAAGGAGCUUGGGGAACGGAGGGAGAGAGAUUGAGGAAUCCGGCCCGACAGAUGAGCGUCCUGUCGAGCAGUGACAUUCCAGGGCCGGUGUCCGCGGACCGGUGGAGAGGCUGCGGCUAGCAGUACACAGAUAAUAAUAAUAAUAAUAAUAAUAAU